AUGGAAGAAAAGUUAAAUGAAAUGGAACAAGCUGGUAUCAUCACAAGGACGUCAACGCCUUACAGUAGUCCAUUGACAUUCACUCUUAAAAAAGACGGCUCAAUUAGAGUUCUGCUUGAUGCCAGAAGCAUAAAUAAGAAAAUGGUUGCAGAAACAGAGAAACCAUCUAUACAAUUAGAUGUUUUGAAUUCAUUUCACGGAGCGAACUAUAUCACUACCAUUGACUUAAAUAAUGCAUAUUUUCAAAUUCCGAUAAAUAAAGAUGGUAGAAAAUAUACUGGAUUCACAUUCAAUGGAAAGUCAUAUGUAUAUAAUGUUUUGCCGCAAGGAUUAAAAACAUCAGUUGGAAGCUUUAGCAGAGCCAUGAAUUUAAUAUUAGGACCAGAAGUCCAAGAAUUUUGUGUGAACUAUUUAGAUGAUCUAGCCAUUAUUACAACAGGAACGUAA